AUGGCGGACACCGAAGUUCAACCGCCCAUCGAGGAGCGCAAGCCGCGCAAGUCCGUGGCAUUUGCUGACGGCGCCCAGAUUGUCGACAGCGAUGGCAAUGUCAAGGACAUCAACGGCACCGGCGAGAAAGACUCCGCCGAGAGCCACGCCAACGAGACGGACAAGGCCGUCGACGAGGUCACGGACAUGUUCAAGGACCUGACCAAGAAGAAGAAGAAGAAGUCGUCCAAGACCAAGGAGGGUGGCGACGACGAGGCUCCGGCUGCCGACGGCGAGUUCGACCCGUCGGCGCUCAAGAAAAAGAAGAAGAAGAAGAAGGCCGUCGACGCCGACGACUUCGAGGCCAAGCUGGCCGAGGCUGGCGCCGGCGCGGACAAGGAGGAGGAGCAGAAGGAGGAGGAGGUGCAGGAGGGUGACAUGGAGAAGGGAACCGGCAUCUUCGCGCACGAGAACACGACGCCCAUCAACUACAACCUACUGCUCAACCGCUUCUUCACCAUGCUGCACUCGCACCACCCCGACCUGGCCUCGUCCGGCUCCAAGAGCUACAAGAUCCCGCCGCCGCAGUGUCUGCGUGAAGGCAACAAGAAGACCAUCUUCGCCAACAUUGCCGAGAUCUGCAAGCGUAUGAAGCGUACCGACGAGCACGUCACCCAGUUCCUGUUCGCCGAAUUGGGUACCAGCGGCAGUGUCGACGGCAGCCGGCGACUGGUCAUCAAGGGUCGUUUCCAGCAGAAGCAGAUCGAGAACGUUCUCAGGCGGUACAUUGUCGAAUACGUGACGUGCAAGACGUGCAGGUCGCCCGACACGGAGCUCAACAAGGGCGAGAACCGUCUGUACUUCGUCACCUGCAACUCGUGCGGAUCCAGGCGCAGUGUUACGGCCAUCAAGACUGGUUUCUCUGCCCAGGUCGGCAAGAGAAGGAGGCAGCAGGGUUAG